GGGUCAUGGCAUUAGGAAGGUUGAGAACUGCUGAUCUAGACGGUGAAAGACCUCUGGGGCGCAGGGCCCCACGCGGAGCCGGCAGCAGGCGAGCAUCGGAGCAGGUAUGCUUCUCCGACGUCCUGGUUUGUUGCAGCCCAGGUCCCUCUUGAUCACACUGGCCCACGUAAGCUGUCACAAUCCCAGGUACAAUUCAGUUCUCAAACAUUUUUAUCAUCGCCAUCAAGUCACACCAUUCUGAAAGCCUGCUCUCAUCAGCGACCUCUGUAUGGAUGGGAACAUGGGGUCAUUCCGAGGCCUGACCUUGAGACAUCGACUCCUGCCAGAGGCCAGGGCACCCUGGGGUCCAGCCUCCUGCUUCCAACUAAAGGAGCUCCGCAAAUGCUGUCCUUCAGAAGAGACACAGCACAACUGUCCCUGUCCCUAAUAUUCUUGCUGGGAAAACAGCCUCAUGCUGCAAGACUGGCGCUCUAUUUACGUGGAAAACUCUGCACAUUCAAAUUUGGGUCAGGUGUCCUGAGAUGGCAUCCAAAAAGGGAAGAGAACUCCCAGGACUCAGGGUGGCCGGUGGGAAAAAGGCAGAGCCAGGGAGCCAGGGGCUGGGCGUGGGUGGGUGCCAGCGGUCCUGUAGCACCCAUGGCCCAGCACACCCGCAGCUCCUAGCCCUGACCCGCACUCAACUCUCACCCAGACGACCUCGGGGACGUGGACAGGGUGCAAAUCCUUUUAUUGGCACACACCGACUCCGUUCACUGAGAAGUGGUGAGUGCCCGCUGGCACUCACAGUUUUGUCUAGGGCAGCUCAGAGGCAGAGCCUGGCCCACACGUGGAAAUUCCACCUGCCUCAGUGUCAUCCAGUUGGGACAAAGCCGGCCCAGGAUGCCAGACGUCCUGUCACAGACCCCAAGGUCUUUGAGGCUGACUGUGGGGAGCAUUCCCAGCCCCCUCCCUAUCCCUGUGUCCACGGGGUGGAGCUUCAGCGAAAAGAGUAACCAGUCCAACAGGUUUCACUAGUUCAGAGGAGCCGAGGUCACACCUGUGUGCUUCCCAUUUACUCAGUAACACGGAAGUGCAGGAGACCUGUGCAUGACUGGGGUGCCCUUCCUGGUCCAGACCAAGGUCACACAUCUCUCUGUUCAGACUCACUGGCCCAGACGCUGCUCUCAAAGUAGUGGCCCUUUAAGAAAACUGGUUCCCAUCCAAUGGCACAGAAAGCAGCCCAUCAGCAUCCUUUCCUGCCUGCUGUGUUCUGUGGGGCCAACCCUACUACCAGGGAAGGUAGAACCAUGCUGGACACAGAAAGGGCCGAGGUCCGUCUCACUCUCUUUUCUCCUAGAAGCUCCCUGGCACACCCCUUCCCCAGGGGCCAGCUCUGCAGGCCCAAGGGGGGUUUGAAAGGGCAGUCGUGUGGGCCAGGCGCUGUGAUAUCCUUUUUAAUCCUGACCCCACAAGGGUUCUACAUCACAUGUAAAAGCUGCCUGAGGUCUCAAAAAUGGCAGCGCUGGGCUGCAAGGCAGCCCAAGAACAAAGAUUCCUUUCUAGAGCUUCACAGCAGGACUUCCAGCGAGUAAACAUUCCUGCCCAGCCCUCUACUGGGACCACGUGCUGGCCUCGCAUCCAGAGGGCCAGCCGCCUCGAGUCUGAAAAGCCAAGAUUUUGCAGGAGGCAUAAUUAGGAAACCUAUUUUAACUUCACAGAGGGCUUUCUGCUUUAAAAUGGGUAAGUCCGCCAGUCGAAUCACACAAUGGCGUCCUCGGCGAUGCUCCUGUCACAUGACCCUGUUGUCCGUGUAAAGCAGGUCACACCUGUUCUCACUUUCUCUAGUGAAACCAGAGGCAGCCAGCGUCCAGAAUGGCCUCGGCUACAAACUGAAGCUUUCCAUCUCCGCCUACCACCAACAGACAACGGGCACACCUGCUGUCUUCAUUUUGCGACACUAUGGGGAGGCGGGCCGAACCCCAGUCACCUGGGGUUCCCCGUUGGAACGCCUUGCGAGCAGCAGGGGGCGGAGCACGGACACCCCCAAAGGCCCGGCGGACGCCGCGCCUCCCGAAACGCGGUCUUCCGGGGCCUCGCCUGCUGGCUCGCCCGGCGGCUGUCCGGUCUCCUAGCAACGCCGAGACGGCCCGCGCGAGGAAUCCUGGGAACUGUAGUCCAUCCUUCCUUCCCCAGCAGGACUGAGGCGCCCUAAACCGCACUUCCCAAGUCGCUCCGCGCGGGCCUACCAUGGCCUCGCGAGAACCCUUUGACGGAACCCACUGGCGAGAGUGGGCUCUCGCGGGGACCGCCGGGAGUUGUAGUUUGAGGCUGGGAGGAGAGUGCCCUGGCAGCCGGGCUGCGGCAGCGGAGAGACUACAAGUCCCAGAAAAGGCGGCGCGACCGCCUGGAGGGCGGGGGGUACGAAAGAGGAACCCGAAGGGCGCCGGGGCCUCUGACCGGUGGGACGCAGGCCGUGCGACUCUUGGCCACUGAUCGCUGGAUGUCUGCAGCCCGUGUCCUGGAGGGCCAGACCCUGCACUCCGGAACAUGACACUCCAGGGAGCUGUCCUCCUGGCCGGCCUUCUGGUGGAAGUUGCCGGCAAAUCCUCAGAAAGUGCGGGCCAACUGUCCGAGUGCUGUGUGGACAUGGUGGACAUCAACACCACCUGCCCAGGCACAAGCCUGUGUGGCCCAGGCUGCUACAGACGCUGGAAUGAGGACGGGAGUGUCAGCUGCGUGCGCUGCAGGAACGGGACCUACAGCAGCUCCGAGUGCAAAAGUCAUCUGUCAUCACCCCCUCACCCCACUGGGCCCGUUCCUCACCGAGGGGCCACAUCUCCGAGUUCUGCAGGACCAGUCACUGGCCGAGGCGCACAGUUCCCCGUCAACAGGAGCACAGGGACACCUGGGCGGCCACACUUUGGGGGCCCUGGAGUGGCAGCCUCCCUCUUCGUGGGAACGUUCCUGGUCAGCUCGGGCCUCAUCCUCACUGUCGCCAUGUUCUUCUACCUCAAGCGUGCCAGCAAAUUGCCCCAGCUCUGCUACGGAACAAACAAAGCCCCGGCCCUGCAGCCUGGUGAAGCCGCCGCCAUGAUUCCCCCACCACCGUCCUCAGUGCGGAAGCCACGCUACGUCAGGCGCGAGAGGCCCUCAGACAGGGGCAUGGGCCCCACGUCUGUCUCCUCGGUGGAAACCCGGGUCAGCAAUGUCUGACCCUGAGGCCCCCCACUGCGCACACCGCCAGGGAGGGAGCCCAGCACAGAGUGCAGCUGCCCGGCUCAGCUCUCGUCCCAGUGACAGACGCCUGGGGACGCUGCCUGCCUGCCCUCCCACAGCUGCUGACCAGGAGCAGAUGCCCCGAGUCGGCGGGGGCAAGGCUGUGAGGGUCUGGGCGCCCUGGAGGGAUCGUGAACUCCCUGCAGUCAACCACCUGCAGUGCCCAGGGCCAGACAGCCCCCAGCACCCCUCCAAGAGGAGUGAAGCCUCGGGGUGUCCCACCUGGUGUCCAGACGGGUGGGGGACGGCCUGGGCACUGGCCCCUGAGGCUGAGGUGCCCACAGGGCUGUCCUGCUCUGGCUGGGACUCCCAAGCCAUGACCACUCGUGUCCAGGGGCUGGUCUCCUACUGACUGCUGUCUGUUUGUAGUGGAAAUGCAUUUUAUACAAGAGUCUCAGAGCCACCGCUGUCCUCGUCUGCUUCCCACACGUGGGCCCCGGCGCUGCGUGGCCUCGUCCACCCAGGGUCACGCUCACCUACGACGGCUGCCUGGUCGGUCUGGUCCUGCCUGACCAGCGGAGGGCCAUGGGGUCAGCAGUCUGGUCUCAGCAGGUCCCUGUGGAGAAAGGAGCAUACAAAGCCACCUCCUGUGCCCUGGACUCAGCGCUGGCUGUCCCCACACCCUUGACCAUCAUCCACUUUUUCUCCUUCAGUGUCUGGUCCGUGUCCAGGCGCCUGAGGUGGGGCCUGUGGUCGGCCUCCCGUGUCGUCCUGGGCGGCGAGGCCCGGCUCGGGUGCUGACAGUUUAUAGAUUCAAGCUUGUUCCUCGAGACCCGAACCAGUGUCUCAGCCGGCAGCGGAGAGCAGGGAGCCAGCUUGAAAUCAGUGUCAAAUAAACUGUUCAGGGCUUUCUCUUC